CUAUGUGUGCAUCUUCAACUGCCACGCAUUGCAAUGGCGCGUUAUCACGACGAGCAAUCAGCUUCUCGUUUCAACCAACACCCCGCGAGCCCAGACGAUUGGCUGCCUUGACUGUCCGUCGUCGCGCGCAACGCGUUUCUCUCACGCGCCGAGCCGACACCGUUACAAUUUCAGUAAGUGCCAUUUUCGGUGUUCGCGAGACUCAACUGACCGCCACGAGUAUCGAGUUUCGCUCGAUCGCGGCCGAAAGUGAGGAGUCGCCGUCGGUAUUUUCAGCCGGGCUCGUGCCGGUCACCGUUUUCGAUUUACAUGCGCCGUAGGGCGAAUCGGACGCGCUCGAAUCGCUCGUGUCGCGGGGAUUGGCAGACCUGCCGGUGCCCGUAGCAACACGACUCACCCAUGAUCCUGUGGAGAGACAGGAGCGCCUGUCCCGUCGUCCGCCUGAUCGCGGGUGAAACAAGUCCGAGGUUGUCGUGCGUGCGACCGUACGACGCUGCGAGAUCGCGCGCGGACGGCUCUAUGUAACGCGAGAGCGCCGUGCAGUAGCUGGUCUACCAUUGUCCGCGAAUUUGGAGUCCUCGGACGUGGAAGGCAAGAGAGGGAAAGAGGAAAAGAGCGUGUGAAGGUGGAGCGUGUUCCGUCACGGAAUUCGGCGAGCGUCGUGUCGCGGCGCCAGAGUGACAGACAGGGUAAGAAGCGAGUGAGAGAGAGAGAGAGAGAGAGAGAGAGAGAGAGAGAGAGAGAGAGACAGACAGACAGACAGACAGACAGACAGACAGACAGACAAAGAGAGCGCGUGCCUGUGCCAAAGCCGAUCGGGUGUUCCGUUGACACAGUGUGACAGCGGACAGAAGGGAAGAAAGAGUGAGAGAUUCUCCGUGCGUGAUGAGAGCGCUCGUCGUUGAAGGAAGAGAGGACGAAAGUGGAAAAGUGCGCUUACGCAUGAGCGUAGGUGGAGAAAAAGGAGACGUGUGCGCAUGGUUCUAGGGGAUCUCGCGGUCUCACCGUUGCCUGCCUGAGAAUCGACGGACGGACGGACGGACGGGAGGCCCGAGUGCUGCGAAUCGAGUCCGCGAGUUGCCGAGUGAAGUUGCGUCGAGUCGUGUCGUAUCGUGUCGCGUUGCGCCGCGUCGCGUCGCGUCGCGUCGCGUCGGAUCGGUUCGGAUCGGAUAGCCGGAGUCGAGGCGGAGCAAAGAGAGUGUAAAGUAGGAGCAGUUGGGAUUUUGAUCGCGCGCGCGCUCGCACGCGGCUUGUUUGUUCGUCGUUUGUACGUACGACACGCGUUCGUUCAUUCGUUCGUCGCUCACUCGCUCGCUAGUUAGCUGGCUGGCUGGCUGGCUGGUUGGCGUAAUUCGUGUGUGGGUUGGCGGCGCGCGUAAUGGAGGUGCCGACGGCCGCGAAAUUUGUUCGCGGUACCAGUACCAACACCGGCAGCGACAGCAGUUACAUCGCCAACAAUAACAACAACAACAACAACAACAACAACAACAACAGCAGCAGUAGGAGCGGCUACAGCACAACCGUGCACGAGAACGACCGCCGCCGCUGUCGCCGCCACGGUAAUGCCGUGCGCCGCGUCGUCGCGUGAGCCGCGCGAUUCCUGUCGUCGACUGUUCCACCCGGUCGGCCGCCGGGCGAGAGAGGCGGGCCGAAAUUGCUAUGGGAUCGCCCGGACCGACGACGCUCGUCAACGCCGUGACGACCGCUCCGUUCCUUCCGCUGCUGUGACGAUCACCACCGGUCGCGCCGGCCGAAGAAGGAGGAGCAGCACCAGCAUCGAUACGCUUCCUCGACGCGCCGCGACGCACCGCACCCUUCCACGGCGUCCUGCGUAUCUAUCGUUCCUAAGGUGUAAACAUUUGGAGACGGAGUGAGAAAGAUAGAAAGGAAAAGAGAGAAAAAGAGACAGAGAGGAAAAGAAAAAGAGAGAGAGAGAGAGAGAGAGAGAACGAGAGCGAGAAGGGGAGAAAGCGAGAUUCCGAGCGAGAGAGAUAGAGAGAGAGAGAGAGAGAAAGAGGCAUAGAGGAAAGAAGAGAGAGAGAGAGAGAAAGAGCGAGAAAUAGAUCGGCGAUAAAGCGAGCGCGGCUCGGCGAGAGGUUAGGCUUGGCACGGGGAUUGAUCCCCGAGAGAUGGCAUCGCCCGUCGAACUCUGACAGUCAGCCAGCCCCCUCGGCACAUCCCCCGUGCCCCCUCAUUCUUCCGCGCCCUACGCGAGUGUACACCGCGUCCGCGCGUGCCCUUUUCCGCUCGCGGAAACUGCGGCGAAGAGUAUCGUGUCGUGUCGUGUUCCAUCGUGCCGUGCCGUGUCGUGUGUCGUAUCAUCGUAUCCGUCAUUUGCGCUUUCCGGAGCACGAGGGUAUGCCCUGCACGGAGAUCGAUGCUCGUCGUUGAUAUCGAAUUGACGUCGUCGUCGUCGUCGUCGUCUAGUCGCGUGGUCGACGCGAGCGUGCAGUGAGGAAUCGUGUGACCGCGCCGCGUCUCAGUUGGAUCGUAUCGAUCUCGCGAUCGCCGCAACCGUGGAUAACAACGGCCGGUACGAGAUGCAGAAGCCAGGGCACGUGAGGGAUCGUGAGAGCCGCGACAAGGAGCAGCUCGGGGCGCGCAAUGACCAAGAGGUCACCAAGAGGCCGUCCAAGGGCAGCGGCAACGCCGGCCGACCGAACGUGCACUCGUCCCGGCACAGCGUCACCUCGUCGUCCGGCGUGCUCAUGGUCGGCCCGAACUUCCGGGUCGGCAAGAAAAUCGGCUGUGGUAACUUCGGGGAGCUCCGACUCGGGAAGAACCUGUAUAAUAACGAGCACGUAGCAAUUAAAAUGGAACCAAUGAAGUCAAAGGCACCACAGCUACAUUUAGAGUAUAGGUUUUACAAAUUAUUAGGUUCACAUGUUUAUAACACACAUAUAGAGGGUAUACCGGAGGUGUACUACUUCGGCCCGUGCGGGAAGUAUAACGCCCUGGUGAUGGAACUCCUCGGGCCGAGUCUCGAAGAUCUCUUCGACAUCUGCGGCAGGAGGUUCACCCUCAAGACCGUUCUCAACAUUGCCACACAGCUCCUCCAUAGGAUAGAAUACGUUCAUAGUCGGCAUUUGAUAUACCGCGACAUCAAGCCGGAAAAUUUUCUGAUAGGACGAUCUACCACCAAGCGGGAGAAGAUCAUUCACAUAAUCGAUUUUGGACUAGCCAAAGAAUACAUAGACUUGGAGACGAACAAACAUAUUCCCUACCGGGAACACAAGAGUCUCACCGGCACGGCGCGUUACAUGAGCAUCAACACGCAUCUUGGCAAAGAGCAAAGCAGAAGGGACGACCUGGAAGCGCUCGGGCACAUGUUCAUGUAUUUCCUGCGUGGCAGCUUGCCGUGGCAAGGGCUCAAGGCCGACACGUUGAAGGAGCGCUACCAGAAGAUCGGCGACACGAAGCGGGCGACGCCGAUCGAGGUGCUCUGCGACGGCCAUCCCGAAGAGAUGGCCACGUACCUUCGCUACGUCCGCAGACUGGACUUCUUCGAGACGCCGGACUACGAAUACCUGAGGAAGCUCUUCCACGACCUGUACGAGAGACGCGGUUUCGUCAACGACGGCGAGUUCGAUUGGACCGGCAAGCCAAUGUCCACGCCCGUCGGGUCCCUCCAAACCGGCCAGGAAAUCGUCGUGUCGCCCAAUCGUGACCGGCAUCCAGCUGCUUACAAGGACGUGGCAGGUGGAGGGGUGGGAGGUGGGGGCGGUAAGGGGGUGGGAGCCACGUGGCCAGAUACUGUGAAGCAGUCAGGAGCCGGUGGUACAUUGACACCUGCUGACAGGCACGGCUCUGUACAGACGAAGCACCACUGGAUUAUGGUGGUGUCGUCCACAAACGGGGAGCUGGCUAACGACGACCCGACCGCCGGGCACUCCAACACACCGAUCACGGCGCCUCAGGAAGUGGACAUGAUCGACGAAACCAAUGUUUGCUUCAUUUCCAGAUGCUGUUGCUUCUUCAAGCGCAAGAAGAAGAAAAGUGGAAGGCAGAAAUGACUGUCCGUUAUCGUUGGUCUCGGGGGGGCGGUGCAGUGCGCGGUUAAUAGUGCCGAAGAGUCCGGGGCGGCGGCCGGGCUCACCGCGGCGACGUCGUCGUCGAGGAUGGGAGGCGGUAGACGCGCCGCUGGCGGAGCAGGAACGGCAGGACGAAUCGGCGAGCGUGGCGGCAACAGGGACUCCAGCAGCGCCGAUCCCGAGAGGGAAGCCGUCACCUUGUUGCGCGUCGGUAGCCGAUCGGCGUCCCGGGACUCGGUGCUGCACACCACCGUCACGAUGACGCCGACGCCGACGCCGCCGCCGCUGUCGCAUUGAGCCCCAGUACCAGCGCACCAGCACCAGCACCCACCGUCACUACCGUCGGAAACAUCCUAUCCGUCUCUGUCGUUGCUGUUAAUCACUUAUGAUCCGGUGGACGGUCGUCGCGCUCCAAACUCCAGUGUCGAGGAUCGAGAGUGAAGCCGCCUUCCCCUCCGGCCGGUCGUGGCGCCGGCUCUGUCGGUAGAAACGAGCGGACUCGACGACGACGACGACGAGGAUCAUUCGCCUUCCUCCACUGGCCGCUCAUAUGGUCGUCGCGGCCGAUGUCGACUCCUCGGUGUAGUGUCGGAGUUCCGUGGUACUUUGUUUAUCACUGCGGUUAUAGAAUCGUUCUAGGUACUGUUUCUGUGUAUAACGAAAAGCGUCUCGCGCGCGACUGAUCGGCUCGAGUUCAUCGGCGUUUACUUAAGACUCUAGACUCGCUGCUCGAAUAUCGCUUGAAUACCGAAACUUCGUUCAGAUUCACGAGAGAGCUGCCGGACCCUUUCCUUCGUUUCUCUUAACUUGUUUCUUUACGUCUACAUCGCCGGCCACAUGUUGUACAUACGGAGGAGGAGCAUCAUUUUGAACGGAUGAGAGAUACGAUCGCGGUAGCGAUGUACUUUGCGACGGAUGCGGAGUUGGCUUUCUUCAUGGAGGAAAUUUGAUCACUGGCCUCGAGUGCUGAUGAACUCGACGGCGCUUCUUGCAAUUUUAUCGGCUCAAAUUGGACGUAGCGUGGCUCUCUUCUCGCGUCCUAGUGUGAUCGCGCGCGUGUCUCGGCGCGUUCUUUUAUUGCGAUGCGAUCUCUCUUUCGAUUCCGCGCUUUUUUUUUUUUUAUAUUCCGUCGAAGUGAUAAGUUCGAUCGAGGAAAUUUUACGGUAAUGAGAUUCCUGUUGAAAUUUCCGCCACGAUGAAAUCAAUGAUGAAUUCGGCAAAUGCAUCCUCUGCCAUCGACGGCCAUCUCUUCAGAUAUCGUCUCCUGUAAUCUGACCCAGCAUUACACUUCCUUCCAGCUGUCCUGCCUGUCAUCGUCGGACAAGUCGACGAAUAUCUCGUGUGGCUUCGAGCCACCGAUAAGAGUCGACGCGUUUGACGAAUCCACCACUUACCGAAUCAUCCCUCUCGUUUAGCCGAAAAAGGCUGACCUCGUGCUACUAUAAUUGCUAUUAUCGUCAUGAUUACAUCUCAUCUUGUUGCUACCACUAUCCCUACGGAUUGCUACUACUACUGCUACUGCUAUUACUAUUACUAUUACUAUUACUACUACUACUACUACUACUUUACUAGUGCUACGAUAUUACUAUUAUUACAAUAUAUAUUUCAUUAUUAUUAUUUUAUUUUAUUUUCCAUCAUUAUUAUAUUAUGCUAUUAUUAUUAUUAUUAUUAUUAUUAUUAUUGCAUUGAUCCUUCGCAGUCAUUAUCGUGAUCACGAUUAAUAUACAAAAUCGGUCUGUUCCGACCUUCAUUUAUCAUUAAUAUCUCAUCAUUAUUGUCCUCAUUAAUUGCAUCGUUAUCGAUAUCGAUGUCAUCGCAAAUACUGACAUGUCGCCGUUUGACUGAGAACGGUCAUCGGCCGUUGACGGCGGCAGCCGUGACGACGGUUCGGUACCGGUAGCCAUCACCACCAUCAUCAUAAUCAUCAUCACCAUCAUAAUCAUCAUCAUCCGCAUUACACAGUAGGAGUAAGGAAUUGACGUACCGAUGUUGAGAGAACUUGUUUGUGCCUACGACUCUCUCCUUGUAACCACGGGGACGCUUUUUAACUAAUACGCCGCGUGUAUCGCGACGAUAUUGUUUAUACACGUCGCGUGCGACUUCCCGCGCGCGCGGGGCUCGUCGCGACGGCGAACGCACCGCGCGUUAUCGUAUACUUGAAUUGUAAACGAAUCGAAGCUACACAGAUCUCAUUGUACUCACACACGCCCUCCCUCCCCCCGCAGGACGAUAAUCGAGCGUAGUGUAUAAUUCCCGCCCCUUCCCUCUCCCAGAGCCUCACCCCGAAUUUGUAACCGAGAGAUUUCGAUUGCCGCGAAGUCCCGAUUAGCAUGCUGAAAAUCUCUGAAAGGCAUGAAACCGAAACGACGAUCGCGCUCUCCGUCGCCGGCACCCCGGGAUGGGAUCGAGAAAGAGAAAGGGAGGCUACGGGAUUUGUACAUACGACACAGGUAUUCUCAUGUCCUCCCCCAGUCCGUUCCUCGUUUCCCUCUCGUCGUGUUCGCGAGUAAAAUCAUGUUGCGAAUACCGAAGGUGUAUGUAGGAAUGCACAACUGUGUAUAAAACGAAGACCUCUCGCUUUCGUCAGCGUGCAUUUUCCUUUUUCCCUUUUACUUCGAAUUUCUCCCUCUCGUUUCUUUUCUCCAUCCAGAGAAGACGCGCGAGAGAUUCGAAUAUUAUAUUAUUAGAACGUUUCCAGCGUGUCCGAGCAUUUUGUGUAGCGAGCGAACGAUUUCGUGACGUUAAUUCCGGGUUGCUGAUCGCAGCGAGAGGUAGGAGGGAAGGGGAAAGGAAAGAGGGUAGCGGUUACCAGCGUUAUCACCAUGAACGUCGUCGAGACGAUUACUGUGGAGAAUCGUGUCGCGUGUGUCAUUAUAGUCCGGAGAGUAUCCGAAUUGAUUGUCCAACGGUUUCUUUCGCGAAGUUUCUUACACUGCCCGUCGUUUGUCCAUAUACACGCGGACGUGUCGUGGACGUAAGAUAAUUUCUACUUUCUCAGCGAAUCUCAUCCGUCGCUCUCGCUCUCCGCCCUUCUCCGCAAUCCUUCGUGAUAAUCCCGACGCUAGUCGCGCCACAGAAGUCCGCGCGCAAACGCGCGGCACUUUCCAAAGCAAUAUCAGUUUCGGUUUCAUGCCUUCCGAGAUGAGAAAUUAUCAUGUGAGAGUGAUCGUAUCGUGAGAACGAUUGAAAACAAUUACAUUUUACAUAACAUAUCGAUGAAGUAAGGUUUUUCUGUCUUGUAGACUCUAGCGUAUAUAAUGAAAGUUUAGUAGCAUAUAAAAAUGCGAACAAGUUGAAAUUACGUGAUACCGCAGUCGAUUCGUGCUCCGCCAGUGUGUAUAUCGGUUAUAUUAUGUAAAAACAAAAAGAAAAAGAACCAAAAAAAAGAAAAAAGGAGGAAAAGACGAGAGAGAGAGAGAGAGAGAGAGAGAGAGAGAGAGAUAAAGUAAGAACGCGGAAAAAAGGAGCAAAAAGGAAACACAUUUCUUUCGAUAUGAAUUCCCCUCCGCUGAAGAGAGAGAGUGUGCGCUUCUUCGAGGAUGAUUCUUGCUUCUCGGUCCACACAAUGUGUUUAUGUCGCGAUAAUUCUCGAUGGACGAGAGAUGGAAGAAAGAGGAAUCCGUUGCCGAUCCGCGGCUGGAUCUGUCUUUCGACGAUGUUCCUCGACGAAGCGACGAGGACCUGCCGCGUGCGGAAACAAAAGAGAAACUGGAAGACAAGGAGAGAAGGAAGCAACGAAAUUGGUCUGGAGGACGAAAGAGAGAAGUGCAAACGCGCGCGAAGAGCAAGAGAAAUUCGAGCACGGUGUUGUAAUAAUGAUGCAAUAACGUAAAAGAUCCACCCAGAUAAUAACGCGAUCUUUGCUGCGAACUUACUCAAUCGUUAUUCCCCAUGGUAUCGUGAGGAGAGGAGAACGUUACACGGAGAGAGGGAGAGAGUGACGCCUGCGAAUUCCUAUGGGAGCGUCGCGACGCAGUCGGGCGAAAGAUGGAGAGACACUCGAGACGAAAAUACGUGCGAGCGAUCAAGAACGCGACGAAUAGCUGCGGAUCGAACGACAAGGACUCGCUCGCAGAGGCGACGAGCGUGAGACCCGUACAUGUUGUGUCCGAAGGUGUCCACACAUUUGUGCUAGUCCGGCCGACGAACCUCGUACCGUACAUCGUACUCCCGAGAGAUGUGUGCGCAAACGUAAACCGUACCGUGUCGAACGUGUCAAGAGCAAAGAAAAGAAAAAAGAAACUUAAAACACCCCUGUGCACGUCGAUCACCCGUCGAAUAAGCGCGCCCGACGACAGAGUGAGAGAGAGAGAGAGAGAGAGAGAGAGAGAGAGAGAGAGAGAGAGAGAGAGAGAGAGAGAGAGAGAGAGAGAGAGAGAGAGAGAAACCCAUGUACUUACGAAGCUGUUGCACGUCGAAAAGCUACUGUAUACUCGGCGUCGUGCGUGUGCGACUCGCACGAUAAGAACGAAUGAACGAACGAUCGAUCAAACGAACGGAAGAGAGGGAGAGCAUAUCCGCCGUCGGACGUCUCGAAAAGUGAUACGCUUAAAAUAGAGAUCAGAAUCUAGAAAAUCUAGAGAUCAUAUUCUGUGAAUUCCUCCCUUUUCCCUCUCUCUCUUUUCCCCCUCCCCCCUCUCUCUUUCAUUGUCAUUGUCAUUUUCUUUCUCUCUCUCUCUCUCUCCCUCUCCUCCCUCUCCUCCCUCUCAUUAUCUGUAUCUUCCCACUGGACACACCGAGAGAAUAUCGUUCCUUUUUGUAAAGCUUGUGCCGCGACAAGCCGAUCGUCGAAACAAUCGAGACGUCAUCAUCCUACUUGUACACACAUCCUACGUUUAUAUGUGAACGGCGAAGAAAGAAAGAAAGAGAGUGAGUGGCCAGCGCGGAUGCUAAUGACGAAUGUCUGCUGACGAUAUGCGAUAUCCGCGUGUACAUGACGCUUGCGUGUGUGGAAAGAGAACGAAUCGAGCAAAAAUGUUAACUAACUCCGGGGCGCUUUUAACGAGCUGAUUCGUAGUUUUCGCGCGUAAGUUGUAAUACCGCGUAUCCCAUUGUACAUAAGAGACGAAAAGGGAGGAAAGAAGAAAAUGUUAAACCGCGCGACUGUUCAUCGCGCGCGCGCGAGAGUGAUAGGAUUCGUUCCAGCGCGAUCCAGCGAUGCACGGCCAAAACGCCGGCACAUUAUUGUAAUCCCCCUUCCCCCGAUCGUGCAGAGAAAAAGAAGACGUGCGUGCAUGCGUGCAUGCGUGAAAAGUCCACAGGGAACCGCGAGGAGUCUCCGUAUUUAUAUCACUGUCCUGCCACCGAGUCGUGUUGGCGUAAUAUAAUAAAUAUUCUGCUGCAACCAUGUUGCAAAGUUUAGCCCGUAGUUUUUUAGCCGAUUUUUCAAGCGCGAAGUCACACGAUUUUUAAUAUAACACGACUGACUGCUGGUUAAGUAUGGUUGUGAGUAAAACCUCGUCUCUCCUCGGAUAUUGUAGGCAGUAUACAUACGCGAUACACACAACACACAUACACAUAGCAAACAUAUAUACCUUCCUUUUCAUUCCUCCCUAAGUAGAGAGAGACAUACACAUACUUUGCACAAAGAGAGAAGCGAUUGUUGCGUACGCACCUAGGACGGAAUUAAAGCUUAUUGUAAUCUAAACGACCGUCUUCUUCGCUCGGGAAUGAUGUUUCUUUUCCCUUUUCUUUUCUUUUUUACGUGUUUGUAAAUUGGUGCGACAAAAAUAGAUCGAACCAGGAUUGGUGUAUUCCCGUGUCUUUCAUUCCCCGAUCCGAUUUCAUUCAACAUCCGCGGCAACGAGAAUGAUAAUAAAUAAUUUAUCGACACACAACACACGUACACACAUAUAUAUACACACACAAUAGUCGCGCGUGCAUCUGUGGAAAAACGAGGCUGCGUAAUCAUUAUCCCUGUUACACCCGUGAUCCAAUUCUCGGGAGAAAUUGAGCAACACGAUGUCUGCGUUUUCCCUCGUCCGUAUCGUUGGAAGAUUUCGAUCAGCGAUCGACCAACAGCCGGAGAACUCUUGAGAUUAAAUUGUAAUCAAUGAACGCUACGAAGCGACGUCUCAUUCGUUUGAGGAGACGAAUUGCGUCGCAUAGUGAGGCUUACAUUGUAGAGUAUUUACAUUCACGACUUAUUAUACGUUCGUAUUGUUUUAGUGGGUGAUUUAUUGUUGAAGAAUAAAAUUGCCGAUUCCCACGAUGACGAUGAAUCGCGUGUCUUUUCAUGAAAUUGGAAAUGCUCAAGCGAGAACUGAUGCUGCGCGCGCGUGGCUGUGUAUGCAGGCGUGUGUUUUAACAUUUGGAGAGACAUGGAAAUUAUUUAUGAAACGAUUACGAGGGGGGGGGGGA